UAGAAUCUUCAAAUGAACUUAUUCAAAUGAAUAAUCUAACUUCCAAAACUAAACCUCUUGUAAUAAAACCUUAUACAUACACUCAAGAACAAAAAAAUCUCUAUCUUGAGUAUAUUAGUAUUAUACAACAAUCAGAGCCUAAUCAUAGUAUUAUUAUUUUCAAAAUAUAUGUGCCAGAUCCAUUAGAACUUAAUCCUAAUUCAAUAAGUAAUGUUAGAAAAGUUUUAGAAUAUAUACAAAAUAUUGCAAAAAUAAACUAG